GCUUCGGUUAAAAUCUGAUAAACGUUUAAAAUGGGACCAGAAUUAACCGUGUAUUUUUUUUGUUCGGAUAUGUUGCCGGUUUUUUUUUUUCCAAAAUAGAGGCGAAAUAGGUUUUUAAAUGGUUUGUGUACAGAAAAUAACGCUAUUUCGCCCUGGAAACCGUUAACGAACCGUUAGGUUUCUCGUAGAACCGUUACAGAUAAAACCGUCACUGAGGUAACGGUUACUGACUAAACCGUCACUGAGGGAACCGUUACAGAUAAAACCAUCACUGAGGUCCAGCUCGGCUGUCAGGUUUGGAAAUGGAGGCUGCACUGGAGAGGGAGUGCAGCGCGCUCGGAGGACUUUUCCAAUCAGUAAUCACCGACAUGAAGGGCAGCUACCCAGUGUGGGAGGAUUUCAUUAGUAAGGCUGGAAAGCUGCAGGCCCAGCUCAGGGCUACGGUUGUGGCAGUGGCUGCUUUCCUCGAUGCUUUUCAGAAGGUAGCAGAUCUGGCCACAAGCAGCAGAGGUGGAACCAGGGACAUCGGUUCAGCUCUGACCAGGAUGUGUAUGAGACACCGCAGCAUAGAGGCCAAACUCAGACAGUUCUCAAUGGUUUUUGUAGACUCUCUGAGUAACCCGCUUCAGGAACAGAUGGAGGAGUGGAAAAGAGUCGCCAACAAUAUGGAUAAGGAUCAUGCCAAAGAAUACAAACGAGCACGACAAGAGAUCAAAAAGAAAUCUUCAGACACGCUUAAGCUCCAAAAGAAAGCAAAGAAAGGGCGUGGAGAUCUGCAGCCGCAGGUGGACAGUGCUCUACAGGGUGUAAAUAAUAAGUAUGCAUCACUGCAGGAGACAGAGAGACAGGCUGUAAGAAAAGCUCUGAUCGAAGAGAGAGCCCGAUUCUGCACGUUUGUUUCCAUGCUAAGACCGGCCAUAGAAGAGGAAGUGUGUAUGUUGGGCGAGGUCACUCAUCUGCAGUCGAUCUCUGAUGAUCUCAGGGCUUUGACCAUGGACCCCCACAAGCUUCCUCCUUCCAGUGAACAGGUGAUAGCUGAUUUGAAGGGAUCAGAGUGCAGCUGGUCAUAUCAGACUCCGCCUUCCUCACCCAGCACGACAUCUAGGAAGUCCAGCAUGUGCAGCAGUCUGAACAGUGUGAACAGCAGUGAUUCUCGCUCGAGCAGCUCACACUCCCACUCGCCAACAUCGCAUUUCCGUUACCGAGGCUCCAUCCUCCCUCAGCAAGGCUCUGUCCGGCUUCCCAGUGUCUCCUCACAUGACUCGGGCUUCACCUCUCAGGACACCUGUCAGUCAAAGAGCCCCUCACCUAUGCCUCCAGACAGCAGUACACAGUGCUAUGACUUCUCCUGCCCUGACGAAUCUUCCCAGCCAAUCACAGACAGCCACACUCCCACAUUACCUGACUGCAACAUCAACACAGAAGACAAGUUGUUAAAUGGCAUUGAGUUACUUAGUCUGUGUGCACAAAGUUCCAUCUUCAACCCUCCAUCUUCUCCAUCCCCCUCAUCGCCCUUUCCUGGCCCUGCCUGGGAAUGGUCUCAUCCUGGCCCCGACCUGGCCCAAGAUUUUGUGUCUUGUUUUCCGAUUGGUCCCAGCACCCUUCCUCUCUCUCACAGAGUGCCCAGCUGGAAGGACUGGGCAAGGCCAGGUCCGUACGACCAGCCGAUGAUAAACACUCUACGUAGGGUGAAGGAGAGAGUGCGAGAGAACAGUGAGUCCUGCAGUUCCAGAGAUGAAGCUCAGAAAGAAAGUCCCAACUCCAGAAAACCCAGAGAUGAAGCUCAUGAAGAGUUGGCUGUGUGUCUGUCCCGUGGACUGUCACUGGAUAUACCAUGCAGUAGCAGGGAUUCUGUUCAAGGCUCCAGUGGAUACAGCACUCAGACCAACACGCCCUGCUGCAGUGAGGAUACCUAUGUGUUUGAUUAUGAUGGCUUACCUGCGGGCGGAGACCAUGAUAGAGAGCCACAUGACUGCGACGGGAAUGCCUCGUUUCCACAUAACACAGACAGCAGCCAGUCGUAUGGCAGGACUUUGUCAGCCAAGCGGGCAUCGGCCUGUGGUCCGGUUACCAUAACCCCGGGCGUGGCCACCAUCCGUCGCGCACCCUCUUCUAAACCGAGUCUGUGGCGGGGGCCGAGCAUUCACGCCCCGAUUCCCAUCAGAACCCCCGUCAUUCCUGUUAAGACACCCACCGUGCCACCCACCGCGGGCAGCGGGGACGGAGAGAACGCCAGCGAUCCCUCGCCGUCUCCGACACAGAAAACUCCAACUUUCAGCAGCCAAUCAGAUGCUCUGCUUGAGCAGGAGGAGGGGGAGACGGAUAACCAGGAAGGUGAUGCAGUGGCAUCUAUGCGCAGAGGGCUGAGCAUCAAAAAGGUGACCAAGGACAGGUCUGCUUCCCUACUGGAAUGAAGAUUGAAUGUAGACAUGGUGGAGAUAGCAGCAGUGCUUGCAUGGUGUCUCAUGUAGGAUGGGUAAAGUCUGUAUAUUGGAUGAGACGUUAAUUGUUCUAUGUCACAUGACAAAGAAUUGUAUUGUACAUGCAGUACCUGUCCAUUUCAUUUCAUUUGAAGUAAUUGUUUUGCGGUACUGUAGGUCUUUAUCUACUACCAGCCAGUCCUUCUAUAGGUGCCAAAUCUUUGUGCCUCGUACUGUUUUUGGGCCUUUUCACCGAACGGGUGCCAUUUGUGUGUGGUAACUUGAUGAAAUUAAUCUAGUAACACACACUUAACUACUCAGAAUGUGUUUUGGUCAGUCUCAGUCAACUUGUUAAAUUUUUACAAGGUUUCUAAGUGGAAGAUGAGCUGUAUAUGAGUAACAGGACUAAGAUUUUAACAUAGAAUUAAUUAAUACAUAAAAUAUAGCAGCAUGGAGUUCAUGCUAAAAGCACGAGAACACCGGGCACAGUCUAGUGAUCUAUCAAAUAAUUGUAUUUUUAAAUAAACAAAUAACAACUAA